UAAUUAAACGCUCCUCUGACCAAAGAUUUGCGCAAAGCAAACAGUAAAAAAGCUCAGAAGUCAGAACCCAAUGGAGGGAGAGAAGCAAGAAAUUCAACAUACCAAGCCAAUCCGUUGCAUCGUCAAACUGGGAGGUGCGGCAAUUACUUGCAAAGAUGAACUUGAGAAGAUAAAUAAAAAAAACCUUGACAUAGUGUCUUCUCAGCUGAGGCAAGCAAUGAUGCCGGGGUGGUCUUCUUCUAUGAAGGUUCUUGGGAUGGAUUGGAGCAAGAGACAUGGGGAAUCAGAGGUUUCGUGUAACAUAGAUGAUUUUGUACACAAUGCAAAUGUAGAUUCUAGUCGUUUUGUUGUUGUUCAUGGGGCAGGUUCUUUUGGUCACUUUCAAGCCAGUAAAUCUGGGGUUCAUAAAGGAGGAUUGGACCAAUCUCUUGUCAAGGCUGGUUUUGUCGCUACACGAAUUUCUGUUACAACCCUCAAUCUUGAAGUUGUUAGAGCAUUAGCCAGAGAGGGUAUUCCUUCAAUUGGAAUGUCUCCAUUUUCAUGUGGCUGGUCAACCAAAGAGAAAAAUAUAGCCUCAGCAGAUUUGGCUGCGGUGGAUAAGGCUAUUGACUCUGGUUUCAUACCUGUUCUGCAUGGAGAUGCAGUGCUCGAUAAAUUACAGGGCUGCAGCAUAUUGAGUGGAGAUGUUAUCAUACGUCAUCUUGCGGCGCACUUAAAGCCUGAAUAUGUUGUUUUUCUUACAGAUGUUUUCGGUGUAUAUGACCGUCCACCAACAGAACCUGAUGCAGUACUCUUGAGGGAGAUUGCUGUUGGCAAAGAUGGGAAGUGGUCUGUUGUGAAACCAGUGCUUCAGAACAUGGAUAAGCAAGAAGUUCAAACAACUGUAGCUGCUCAUGAUACAACUGGGGGUAUGGAGACCAAAAUAGCAGAAGCUGCAAUGAUUGCAAGACUUGGCAUUGAUGUUUACAUUGUGAAAGCAGCCACAAACCACGCAUUAAGGGCCUUAAGCGGAGAACUGAGAGACAAGAGAGACAACAUUCCUGAUGAUUGGUUGGGGACAGUCAUCCGAUUCAUGAGCUGAGAUUGGCAGCUAAGACCACCUUGUAUAAUGUUGUAACAUUCUGAUCAGCCAUUCUUUUACACUAUGAUAUGAAUGUGUCAGAAAAUCUAGACCCUCAAAUUGAUUUGAGUUUGAAAUUGUUUUAGCACAGGUGCUCAUUGAUAACCCUGGAAAUGCUCGCAAAUUGAAAUUUGUAAUCUCUUAACAUUCAAUGUUUUCGGCCCUCAGUGGAAAACUGACAUUCGUGCAGGGCUUGUUUAUUA